UGGGCCCAGUGUUAUUACCAGUGUGCUGUGUCCUUGUCUCCAGAGAUGGUGCCAAACGAAGUCCAGUCUGAGCUGAAGCACCUGUACACUGCGGCCGGCGAGCUGCUCCGACACUUCUGGUCCUGUUUUCCCGUCAACACGCCUUUCCUGGAGGAGAAGGUGGUGAAGAUGAGGACUAACCUGGAGCGGUUCCAGAUGACCAAGCUGCGCCCCUUCCAGGAGAAGGCUCAGCGGCAGUACUUGAGCACAAACCUGACGGGGCACCUGGAGGAGAUGCUGCAGACGGCCUACAGCAAGUUCCACACCUGGCAGACGCGGCGCAUGAUGAAGAAGAGCUGAGGGAGGGGGGGGGCGGGCGCAGACGCGGCCCCCCAGGAGGCGGGGGAGGACUCCGGCCCUAGGAGGGGAGCUGGGAUUUUCUUCUGGGGGGGGCGAGGAAUGAGGCCCAGCUCUGCGGUCCGUGGACAGGAACGACCCCCCCGCCUCCUGCAGAUGAAUUUCCUUUCGCCGUCCCGUUCCUCUCCCGGGGGGUGGGAACGCCGCACGGGGCCUGCAAGCCCUCCGGGGGUCCGGGGACAAGCCAAGACUCGCGAAGCAAUACUCUGCUCCCCGGAGCGAAACCCUGCCCCCCAGCGUCUGCGGACAGCAGGAGCGGACUCUGAAUUCCCCGGCUUUCCGGCGCCUGGCGUCCGGCGCUCUGGAGCAGAGCGGAGCUGGGAAUCUCCGAGGCCCUGCAGGCAGCCCCGUGGACAGCCGUGUGUCCGUCUCCUGUGGACAGCCGUGUGUCCGUCUCCUGUGGACAGCCGUGUGUCCGUCUCCUGCGGCGCUGGACACGCUCCAGGCCCUGUGGACAGCAGUGUGUCCGUCUCCUGUGGACAGCAGUGUGUCCGUCUCCUGUGGACAGCAGUGUGUCCGUCUCCUGUGGACAGCCGUGUGUCUGUCUCCUGCGGCGCUGGACACGCUUGAGGCCCUGUGAACAGCCGUGUGUCCGUCUCCUGCGGCGCUGGACACGCUCGAGGCCCUGUGGACAGCCGUGUGUCCGUCUCCCGUGGACAGCCGUGUGUCCAUCUCCUGCGGCGCUGGACAUGCUCGAGGCCCUGUGGACAGCGUGUGUCCGUCCCUGCGGCGCUGGACACGCUCCAGGCCCUGUGGACGGCGUGUGUCCGUCUCCUGUGGACAGCGUGUGUCCGUCCCUGCGGCGCUGGACACGCUCCAGGCCCUGUGGACAGCCAUGUGUCCGUCUCCUGUGGACAGCGUGUGUCCGUCUCCUGUGGACAGCCGUGUGUCCGUCCCUGCGGCGCUGGACACGCUCGAGGCUGGGUCGGGGGGUGGUUUGUGCAGAACUGGGCUUUGACUGUUGUUCAUCGUUUUUAUUCUCCAUUUGGUUUCGGUUGACUUUGUACCCCCCUCGUCCCCGGGAGCGAGGAGAGAGAGGGGGGGACGAGGGUGGCGGGGGUUUCGUCGGCCGGCCUGGGAACGCCGGUGGCCUGUGACCUUUUAUUUAUCUUGGAAGGGAGAAGGCCGACUGCCAUUUUUUUUUUUU